AUGUGUAAGAAUUGCCAGUAUGGUGUCAUCUUCGACGCUGGCUCCUCGGGGACCCGCGUCUAUGUGUAUAAGUGGAAGCUUCCGGACUCCUCGGCCAGGCAUGCCUCGAAGCCAGACCAGCACACCUUGCCACGGCUGAAACUGAAAAAGCAAAAGAAGAUUCACCCUGGUGUCUCUUUCUAUGCCGAAGAUGUUGCCGCCGUCGGUCCCGAUCACCUCAAGUCACUCAUCGACUUGGCGCUCAAAGAAGUGCCUACUUCCAAAAUUCCCCAGACGCCUGUCUUCCUCAUGGCCACUGCAGGCGUUCGCUUUCUGCCUCAGCACCAGCAGACGGCUCUUCUAGAGGUGAUAUGUCGCUACCUGCAAGUCAACACUCGUUUUAAACUGCCACACUGCAAAUCUCAUGUACAAGUCAUAUCCGGCGAGACGGAGGGACUUUAUGGCUGGGUUGCCGCCAACUACCUUCUGGGCGGCUUUGACCACCCUGAGAAUCAUUCCCACGGCAAGGGUCACCACACAUACGGAUUCUUGGACAUGGGUGGCGCAUCGGCGCAGAUCGCCUUUGCGCCAAAUUCUACCGAGGCUGAGCGUCACGCAAACGAUCUGAAACUCAUUCGGAUGCGGCGCCUGGAUGGCUCUUCCAUGGUACACAGAGUCUUCACGGCCACAUGGCUGGGCUUCGGUGCCAACAAGGCCCGCACUCGAUAUGUUGACAGUCUCAAGGAGAACUAUGAUGUCGGCUCCGUUGACGAAAUUCCGGACCCUUGCCUGCCCAAGGGUUUGCGCACGACCCUCGGCGGCGAGCCCCGGCGACGUGACAAAGCUGCACACGACCAGGUGCUUGUUGGGACUGGCAUUUUCGAGGAGUGUCUGCGCAAAACACAACCGCUGCUGCGCAAAGACGCGCCAUGCGAUGACCAUCCCUGCCUCCUCGAUGGCAGGCAUGUCCCGGUCAUCGACUUUGACGUAAAUCACUUCAUCGGCGUAUCCGAGUACUGGCAUGCUACGCAUGGAGUCUUCGGCAACGAACACACCGCAUAUGACCUUGCAACCUACCAAAAUACCGUCAUGGACUUCUGCAGCCGCGACUGGACCGAUAUUGAAGGUGAGCUGGGCAAGCGAAAGCAGACACUCGAUAAAAAGUUGCAAGACGCGCGGGAAGCGUGCUUCAAGGCUUCGUGGCUCAUCAACGUGCUCCAUGAGGGCAUCGGUAUCCCGCGGGUCAGCCUAGAGGGCUUGCCUAACCCUGGCAUCAACACAACCAAGGAUGCCGCGCAAAAAGCCAAGGAUAGGGGUUUUCUCGACCCAUUCCAGCCAGUGGACAAGAUUGACGGCAUCGAAGUUAGCUGGACACUGGGUAAGAUGAUACUCUACGCGGCAGGUCAGGUUUCUCCCCAAGAGUCUCCCGCUCAGCCCGUUGGCUUUGGAAGCAACGUGGAGUCGGGAGUACCCGACGAUUUUGAGCAUGCUGGUUCUGUGCCCUUGUCAUCGACAUCUGGCUCCGAUGAUGAAGGCGAAGGCUUCAUCACGUAUCUGCUCCGGGGACCGGAGAGAAGGAGGAAACUAUUUGGCCUUAUCCGUCGAAGGCGCCGACCCGGUACUGGUCGCAAACCUGGCAGGGGAAUGUUCUCCUUCGCCAGCCAGCUCUUCGGCCGUAAUGCAGCAACGUAUCAGCGAGUGAUCAACGAAGGAGAUGCAGCCGAACUGGAACUCGGGUUGGUGGAUUCAGAUGAGCACCAUCAAUCAGACAGCAGCGACUCUUCGCGAGCUGGCAAGGGGAGUGGUCUCUCGACGCUCAGGCUGAACGUUGAUCGGCCCGAUGACCUACAACCACCGCCGGCGAUGGACAGGAAUGGGCUUGUCAUUCGCACCGAGAGCCGUGAAAGACUUGCACCAACACUCCAGAUGCUCAACGCCGGUCGACGUAGUAGAACCGGGAGUCCCACCCGACAAAAAUGCUCCCUCACUCCUCCCAUUGAGCAUUGA